GAUACAGGUGAGGGUUGUGCAGAUACAGGUGAGGUACAGGUGAGGGUUGUGCAGGUACAGGUGAGGUACAGGUGAGGGUUGUGCAGGUACAGGUGAGGUACAGGUAAAGUGACCAAACUGUUUCUUUUGAAACAACAAAUGAAUUUUGGGAUUUUUUAAUUUCUAUGCUGUUUUACUGAAGAAGAUUUCUCUCAGAUUCUCAGAGGCAGUUCAGAAUUAUUUGUGAAAAUGGAAAGCAUUUCAGUGAAGAAUCAGACGAGUGUUUCGGUGGUUAGCGAGUUUAUUCUGUUGGGUUUUGCCGGACUGCAGGCGGAGUAUUUUGGACUGGUGGGGGCGCUGUUCCUGAGUGUGUACAUUACGGUGCUGGUCAGUAACUCUGUGUUCGUGAUGAUGUUGUUGGUGGAGCCGCGGCUGCAGAAGCCGAUGUACAUUAUCAUGAUGAACCUGGCGUUGGCGGAUAUCGGGUUCUGCACCGUGGUCCUGCCUAAAACCGUGUCCCGGUAUCUCCUCGACGGCGGCACCAUCUCCUUCCAUGCCUGCAUGUUCCAGAGGCUGCUGGUCCAUUACUUCGCCAACGUCAACUUCCUGGUGAUGACGACGAUGGCUCUGGAUCGGUUCCUGGCGGUCUGCUACCCCCUCAGAUAUCCUGUUCUGAUGACCAACCGGAUCAUGAUCCUCCUAAAUGGGAUCUCAUGGACCGUUUCCAUGAUCAUCCCGGCCUUCAUCACCACUCAGAUGUCCCAGAUGCCAUUCUGCGGGCCGAACCGGAUCGUCCACUGCUUUUGUGACACAGCGUUCUUAUACAGCCUGGUCUGUUCCAACGUCAGUGCCCAGAGCUUCGUCUUCACCUCGUUAGUGACGAGCAUCAUCUCGCUGACUCUCCUGAUCAUCACUUUCUUUUAUCUCAGCAUCGUGGUGUCCGUCAUGAGAAUGUCCAGCAGCCUUAGCAAAACCAAGGCCUUUUCCACCUGCGGAACUCAGCUCUGCAUCAUCUGCAUUCACUACGUCCCACGAUUCGUUGUCCUGACCUCGCCGUACCUGCCCAAUGUCAAGUUUGACAUCAACCAUCGAAUCGCCUUCACACUCACCUACUGGCUGAUCCCGCCUCUCCUUAACCCCUUCCUGUACUUCUUCAGAACCAAAGAGAUCCGUCAGCUCUUCCACAAAUGGUGUUCCUGUGCUCAGAGGCACGUGAGGCGGAGCCAAAUCAAUAUUCUGUCUGUGUCUAACUGAUUGUUCUUUAUAUUAAUCUAUUAAAUAUUGAAUAAUAAUAAUCAAUAAAUAUGUUUACUCAUAAUAACUGUAAUAAUUAAUGUGUUUAAUAAAUGCUGAUUUACAAGAGAA